GUCCAUUAUUAUUAUUAAUCGUUAUUAACGACCUUCUAUAGUAUUAAUACAAUAUCAGUGUCUACGAUACCUGGUGUCAGCGGAUUUACAACAAGAGCAUGCGUAGUCACCCAUGUCUGUUACCAUGCAUCCUGUAAACGCUCUUUUGAGAUUGUGAGCUAUGUCUGAUUUUGAAGACGAGGAAGGCGUCGAUGAACCGGUCUUGGAGGACGAAAAUGAAGAAGAAGGGCAAGAGGAAGAAAAGACCCCUGAAAAUCCACUGACAGAAGAAAUGCUUGCAGAGAGUUUAUCUCUGCUUUGUAAGACAGGCAAUGGCUUGGCACAUGCAUAUGUCAGACUCGAUAUUCAUGACAGAGAGCUGACAGACAUUAGUGUUUUGAAUUGCUUUAUACAUCUGAGAUAUGUGGAUGUCUGUGGCAACCAGUUAAAAGACAUUUCACCCAUUAACUCCCUCACUCAUCUACUGACUUUAAAAGCAGAUCGUAACUCACUCCACUCUGCUAAACUAGAUGAGUUGCCAUACCUUCAGAUAGCAAGUUUUGCCACCAAUAAGAUCAUGGAUACCGAAGGAAUAAGUCACCCUUUGCUGGAACAUCUUAAUUUAUCUUUCAACCAGAUUGUGGAAGUUACUGGUUUGGAUAGUGGAAAGCUGAACAAGCUAUCUGUUCUUGAGUUACGAGGCAAUAAGCUAAUGAACACACUUGGAAUGAAUAUUACAAAUUUGAGAGAUCUGUACUUGGGAGCAAAUACAAUACGGAGCAUAGAAGGGCUUGAUCGACUGGAACACCUGACUAAACUCCACCUAAGAGACAAUCAGAUCGAAAAACUUGAUGGCUUCUCAGAAAACAUGAAGAAUUUACAAUACCUCAACCUGCGGGGAAAUAGUGUAGCAGAUGUCAAAGAAGUAACUAAGAUAAAAUGCUUACCGCUGCUUAGAGCUCUGGUUCUAAUGGAAAAUCCUGUAUCAGAUGAAGAUGAUUAUCGUAUAGAGGUACUGAUAACCUUACGGCGGCUGGAGAGACUUGAUAAGGAUGAAUAUAGUGAAGAUGAGAGACAAGAAGCUGAAGAGAUUUACGAACAAAGAAGACAAGAAGAACUAGCAGCUCAAGGAGCACAAGAAGUGAUUCACACAGAUGAAGAUGACUGAAAAGAGCUGCAUUGACAUUGAUAUUGCUUUCCUAUUUGUACAUAUUAGAGAUACAUUAUCCUACCUUUGUAGAUUGUAUUAAAGUUGUUGUGUCGUGUUGGCUUUUGGACA